UUUCACCAUGUUAGCCAGGCUGGUCUUGAACUCUUGACCUCAAGUGAUCCGCCCACCUCAGUCUCCCAAAGCGCUGGGAUUACCAAAAGUGAGCCACCGAGCUAGGCCUCUUUCUCUCUCUUUCCGAUAGUUACGUUCUAUAUGUUUAAAGGGGACACAAGAGGCAAUUUCAUAUGUGAUUUUCUGGAUCACUUGAUAAUUCUACAUUUAACAUUUUGGGGAAAUGCCAAGCUGUUUUCCAAAGGGGCUGCCUGAGAGUCUCAGCUCUAGUUCUCAGCCCUCAGCAGCCAUUCCUUUCCUCAGUGGGGCCUCAGUGCUGCCUUCCAAAGUCCAGGGCUGCCUUGAGACCUGAUCAGGACGGGCUGUUUUGCCAGGUCCAGUGCAUGAUGUUCAGGAUCAUUCAGAAUUUCAAGACCCUGACUGCAGAGCAAGAUAGCAGGUGGAGGCCAUUCUAAGUGUGGGGCCCCGCAGAGCUGCCCAGGCUGCCUGCCUGUGAAGCCAGCCCUGCCUGAUGGAGAUGCUUUUGCCAUGGUGAGAGGGAAAUGAGCUGAUGGUUCUCUACUUUCCCACUCUCUCUCUCCAGGUCCGGCUCUAAGGGCAGAAGCCAGAACUUGUUGCCUGAACCUUCUCCAAUCUCCCUCCCUGGGCAUUUCUCUCAUAACCCCACCAGACCCCCCAGGAAUGGCCUGACAUGGGUUCUGGAAAUAGAACAUGGGUUCUCAGAAUGGCUCUCUCAGACUUCAUUGAGUUAUCUGACCUAUUUCCUUUCCUCAACAAAAUGUCUACAUCCUCAAUCUCCUCUUCUGUCUCAGCAGGAAAGAUGAACGAUGAGGCUUAGGCCAGGCGCGGUGGCUCAUGCCUGUAAUCCCAACACUUUGGGAGGCUGAGGUGAGGCAGCAGCAGAGGGUGUCCCUGGACUCAGUGCCUGUGUGGGAACACCAGAUGGGCCUCUGGGACAGGGAGGAGCCACCUCCCCAGCCCCACAUCCAGACAGGGGUCCACAUUGCAGGCUCCACAGAGAAGCAGGAAAUGGUGCAGGAGGAUCUAACCUGGAUGCAGGGUAUGUCUAGAAGUCAGUUUGGACAGGGGCAGAAACCUCUAGACAUGUUUUUCUGGGUGAACGAGAUAAGCGGAGAAAUCACCUACCCCCCGCAGAAGGCAGAUGCACCUGCUGUUUCUCCUGGGAGCCCACAAGAGAAGCCCCCAUCUCGGCCCAGGAGCAUGCAGGGGGCUCCUUGCAGUCCCCAGGGCCCGCCUGCACAGAGGCCUGCCUCUGCACCUCCAUCUAAGGCUUCUCUGAAAGACUCAGGCUCAGGUAACCUCCGCCCAUCUGCACCGACCUGGGCCAGGCCAAAGCCGGAGGAGUGAGGAGCCCCCCACUGUUCUCAGCAAUCCCUGUCACUAUCUCAUCACCAGGAGUGACUCUGCCCAUACUCGGGCCCCUGGGACCAGCCCCUCAGCCACUGGUCUCAACCUCUCCUCUCAGCCCUUCUGCACCCUGAGACUUCACCUGCAAGCUGAAAAAUGUCCUUACUGGGAAUAACUGGUUUUCCUUUUGAAUCUUAAGAAAAUUUGGCCACACUCUUUAAGCAUCUUCCUGAGCCACCCGUGGCCAGGCUCUGUGGGCCCCAUCUGCCUUCCCUGGAAGCACAGUCCUCACCCUGGGGGUCUCAGAGGAACGUGCCCAAUGCCUUCAAACCCAGUAAAAUCUUACUUAGAUUUUGA